GACCACAUCUUCAUGCUGUGUGGGACUUCUCAGCCACCUGCAGUUGCCAGCAUGGCUUUGAUCCUGCUUUCUGUCCUCUGGCUCAUUGCACAAACUGAAGCAAUAUCCAUAAGGCAAACACCUGACUUAGAAGUCUAUGAAGUAGUUUGUCCUAAAAAACUGCACAUUUUACACAAAAGAGAGCUGCAGAGCAACCAGACAGAGACACAUGGUAAAGAGGAAAGAUAUGAACCUGAACUUCAGUAUCAGAUUACAUUAAAUGGAGAAGUCAUUCUGUACCUACAAAAAACCAAGCAUGUCCUGGGGCCAGACUACACUGAAACCUAUUACUCACCCAGAGGAGAGGAAAUCACCACAAGCCCUCAGAACAUGGAACACUGCUACUAUAAAGGACACAUUCUGAAUGAAAAUAACUCUGUUGCCAGCAUUAAUACUUGUAAUGGGUUGAGGGGAUACUUCACAAUUCGUGACCAAAGAUAUAUGAUAAAGCCUCUGAAAAGCACAGACCAAGAAGAACAUGCUGUCUUCACAUAUAACCAUGAGGAGCUAGCUAACCACACCUGUGGUGUAAGAAAUGUUAGCAGGAAACAUGACCUCAUUCGAACCUCUAGGUCACUCAAGAGCCCAGAGGAAGAGCGUUUUCUUCAGGCUGAGAAAUACAUUGAUCUCUUUUUGGUACUGGAUAAUGCCUUUUAUAACAUGUAUAAGGGAAAUCUAACUUUAAUUCGAAGCUUUGUGUUUGAUGUGAUGAAUCUACUCAAUGUGAUUUAUAACACCAUAGAUGUUCAAGUGGCCUUGGUAGGUAUGGAAAUCUGGUCUAAUGGUGAUAAGAUAAAGGUGACAUCCAACACAGGUGUCACCUUUAACAACUUUCUGAACUGGCAUCGUUCUAACAUGGGGAAAAUGAAGACCCAUGACCAUGCUCAGCUACUCAGUGGACUUGGCUUCAGCAAUCGACGUGUAGGAAUGGCAGCCUCGAAUUCCUUGUGUUCCCCAUCUUCAGUUGCUGUUAUUGAGGCUAAGAAAAAGAAUAACUUGGCUCUCGUAGGAGUGAUGUCACAUGAGUUGGGUCACAUCCUUGGUAUGCCUGAUGUUCCAUACAACACCAAGUGUCCCUCUGGGAGUUGUGUGAUGAAUCAAUAUCUGAGUUCAAAAUUCCCAAAGGAUUUCAGUGCAUCCUGCCGCUCCCAUUUUGAAAGAUACAUUUUAUCUCGGAAACCAAACUGCCUGCUGGAAGCACCGAGUCCUAAAAAUAUAAUAACAAAACCAGUGUGUGGGAACAAACUUCUGGAAGUAGGAGAAGAAUGUGAUUGUGGCUCUCCUAAGGAAUGUACCAACCUUUGCUGUGAGGCCAUGACCUGCAAGCUAAAACCUGACACCGACUGUGAAGAAGGGACUCUAAACCACUUGACGUAA